CACGAGCUAACGCCCUCAGCCAGACUACGUCUCGUUGAGUCUGUCAUUAAAACAUAACUACUCAGUCUAGAUAAAUAAAGCAACUCGGCUUGGCAUUCAAGUUUCUGCUGUUCAAAUUUUCAGUAAGAGAUGUUUGGGAAAUUUACUAUGACAACCAUACUUCUGACAUUUUUGUGUCUUGCUGCUUGCUUUGUACAGCAGGCAGAGGGCUCGGUGGGUAUGAACUGUAAUGAGAUCAGCCAAUGUGAGCAAGGAGAGUGCUGCCAGAAGUCACGUCUAUAUCCAAUAGUGAGCAGACGAGAUGCUGACAUCUACGAUGACAAUCCCAAACUGCCUGGAGUCUGUGCUCAAUACAAGCGGCUGGGCGCUCCUUGUGAUCCGUUUGACAAACCAAACGGCUAUUGUAGUUGUGAGCCAGGAACAGAAUGCCAGGAACACAAAGUGACACUAAAGAAAAGAAGGUUCUCACGAUCUUUACCUCCCGGGAUUGUUAUGAAAUGCAGUAAAACAGAAACAACCACUAAGACACCUGAGCACUGUUAAAUAUAUAAGAAUUAAAAUCGCAAUGAAAGCUACUAAGAUACAGAUUAUCUAAAAAUCCAUAAUUCUUUCCCGUGUACGUCAUAGCCAAAAGUAAAUAAA